CAAAGCUGACAAAGUCCGUGUUAUGGUCUGAAUAAUAAUUUAAAAAAAAAAUCGCGACGAUCAUAUUUGAACGUUUUUUAUGUGCUCACUUGGCAGUAAGCGCCAGUUCAACAGUCGUCUGCGUCUGCCUUCUGAAAUAAAGUUAAGAAUUGCGAAUGAAAUAUGGCUGUUAAAUACAGAUAUUGCCUUAUCCUUCUUUUAUUAGUGAUAAAUAUUCAUUCUGAAGUAACGCUUACUUCCGGUUUAUCAGCAGCUGAUUUGACAAAAACACAUUCAAAUGUAUCGUGUGAAAUGAAGAUGAAAGAAAAAGGGGCACUUCUUUUUGACGGAAAGAGUCUAAACGAAUCACUUGCGCUCUUUAUGCAAGUCUUUUACAACUGGAAUGACUUGUUGACUACCGGUGCUAUUGGUAGUCUUUUGGAAUGGUCCAUUGCCACCCUUUACACAGAUAUUACAAACACUACUUCAACGGGCGACACAGAGUACUUUCGUUCCGCACUGCGGCCAAUCAUUCGACGUGCCCACUUGUCUUUUCGCAAAGCUUACGCCAAUAUGAAGGAAAUUCAAAAAAACAAGGUUCAAAUUCAAAAUCACGCCAUGAACGCUACCAACUACCUUACGUCCACCAGUUCUCGUCAAGAAGAAAUUACUGGCAAUCUACUAAUGGAAACGUUGCUACCACUGAUCGAGUUGGCGGAGCGAAGCAAAGAAAUGUCUAAUGAAGUAGCCCAGAGUUACCAAAUGGUCAUUGAAUCGAUAACUGAAAUCAUACGAGAAUGUAAUGCCAGGCUAAAAGAGAAGUUCGUCGAGGUUCGACCAUUGAACAAAACAGUCAUUGCUGCCAAACAGUCAAGGGAGGAUGAGAUUGUUUGGCACCAAGAAAAAAAUUGGCUACUGGACAAGAUGUGGAGGAAUUUCGAAAACAAGCAGCCGAAUAUCUACAUGGAAACUUGGCUUGACAACCGCUGCUUUAACACCAAUAACAUCAGUCGACAAAACCCCACAAAAUCGAUUAAGAGGCAACGCAAAAAUUUGUCCGAAGAUGAGCGUCGUUCAGAAUUUUUCUUUCGGGCUGGAAAUUGGAGGUAUUUGUUUCAAGAGAUUGCCUAUAAUGAGGAUGAUUGUCUAGAAGGAAACCACUUGCCGCUGUUUGAUUUGCUUUCAACUGGGCAUCAACUUACGAAAAAGUGUCAGACUAACGGCGAUGAUGAAGUAGAAGAGUUGAUGAAGAAGCUCAAUCAAACGCUGGGCAUCCUGAAUCAAAGCGACUGCGAUUUAAUAAAAAAGGUCGCCACCACUUUUAAGGAAUUGGCGACUAAAAUAAAACCCCCCAGUACAACGAACUUGAAACAUCCGAAAACAGAGCAGCUCAAUUGCCCCGGUUCAAAAGAAAUGGAUGAUCUGGCUUCUUUGAUUGCCCAUCGACACAUCAAACUGAUUCAAAAAAAUAAUCAAGAAAACAACUUAUUAUUUAAAGAUCUAAAUCAUAACCCAAAUAUGAGCACUAUUAUGCAUCAACAUCAACGCGACCGGAAAUUGGAACUAGUCAAAAUAGCGUCAAGUAUUCUUGAGCUUAAUGAACAGACAACGAAAAUAUGGUGGCAACGAACGGAGCCAUUCUUAAAGAAAAUAUUCGAAGUCAUGGAAAAAGCCAAUGCUUUUAAUGAGGGGACGACUUUCAACGAAAUCCUGAUGGAAAGCUUGCACCAAUUCACCCAACACAAAAAGAGUUGGGACAAACUGACAAAUUUUAUUUCCAAGUUAGCAUACGAGAGUAAAAUAACUGUUAUGGGGAGCUUUUCGCUAAUGGAAAUCACUCGAAUCAAUGGCAAUAGUCACCGGAAUACGGAAACAUCACUUAAUCAUACCGACAUGAAACAUGCUAUUAUAAGAGACCUGCUCAACCGCAUUGAAAAAGUCAAGCAAGGAUCACUUUCUAUCGAAAAUAUAGCAUCAAAAUUUGUUAGCGUCACUGAACGAUAUAUUACUGACAUGUUAAGCGUUGAAGAUCGAAAUAACAGUGUCAAGACUGAGUCAGUAUUUUCCAUCAGUGCAAUUUCACAGCAGAAACUCGCCAUUCGAAAAUGUUACCUGAGACAAUCCAGCCGCAAUCGUACACUAUCCAUUUGCCGUAAUCCUGAAAAAGGUCUAAAAGCAUUUGGAAUCAUUCUGAUAAUGAAAGAGGAUGACGAAUCAUUAAUUAAACGCCAACUCCUACAAACCCGCAAAGAUAUUUUGAAAGAAUAUCAAUGGAUUAUGGCGGAUUGCCAAUCUCCGGUAGCCUAGACUACAGGCUAUAUGACACAUGAGAGUGCCGACGUUCAUCGGUUUGAAUUCAAACAAGUCUUAAACUCUAAAAAUUAAAAUACACAGAUACGGAUACAGUAAACGACGAAGUUUUCAUUAAAAUAAUGUUACUAUCAUUUAUCAACACAACACACUACUUUCUUUGUAUUCUAAUAUUCAUCAGAUCUAAGCAAAAUGCAUAUCAUAAAAGCGUGUGUGAUAGUGUUGCCAAAUUAAAACGCAAAUAAAAAAAAAGUCUUAUCGA